AUGAACGCUAAGGCUGUCUUAGAGUGGACACUAAGCGCUGGGCAAGUGUCCGAAGAAAAAGCACUGGACAUACGCCGAAGCUCUUCUGACACCGCAACAUCGACGUCAGGGACAAUCUCAUACUCAGCAAUAAGGGAAGUAUCAGCUUUGGCCAUAACUAUGAUAGAGAUGGGCUUCGGGUGCGAGAGCGAGAGACGUCCAAAGGUUGCCGGUGAGCCAUCGGCACCGCAUGCUGCAGAUUCCUGCAGGGCGCCCUUCCGCCCCUUCGGACGAGAGAUAGAUCAGAGCGACGUCAUCAAUGACAUCGUCAGGGUGGUCUGGGAUGAUGAAAUCCGAGAAAUAGACGUCCCACAGGGUCAGAGAGAGGGUCUCGGCGAAAGCGCCAAUGGCGCAGUAUACAGAACUUCCCUGAUCCUGUACAUUGGGCAGUAUGAAGAAUCCAGAGUUGUUGAGGUCCGAUUUCCACGACGAAAGCCAUUCUGCGACCGAGGAAAUUUGCGUUCCUCCGUCCAACGGAAACCAAGGAUCAGCAAUAUGGAAGAACUGAACAAGGUCCUCUGUGGGAAUAGCGAUUCUUACCACGGUCGACAGCAUCAGCGUGGAGAGAGCGGAGGGAAGACCACAGCAGAAUUACUAUCUGAUCCGCUAGCUCCGAUAAGGGAUCGGGCGGAUUCGCGCGCUUACACAAC